AUGCCCAAUUUCUUGCACAUCUUCUUUUACCUUGAUUGUACUGCGAUCGUGAAGAACAAUUGCGGCAGCACAGUCUACUUUGCUUCGAUCAAGCAAAGCGUUCAUGCUGCCUUUCAACCUCUGCCGGCCGGUGGUUAUUCAGAGUCUUACAAUCUCGACAACGUCGGCAUUUCGAUCAAGCUGUCCCCGAAUGCCAAUGGCGCUCCCGUGACACAAUUUGAGUAUACAUGGACAAAGGGCAACAAGAUGGUCGCCUAUGAUAUCUCCAACAUCGACGGCAACCCAUUCGCCAUGCAGGGAAUGUCACUCGCACCGUCGAUUGCGACUCCCGACGCUUUCCCAAGUUGUGUUACUGUGGAUUGCCCUGCUGGUCAGGACUAUUGCGAUGCAGCAUACAACCUGCCUGAUGACGUCCGGACAAAAGUCUGCCCUGACAAUGCCGAUCUCAUCUUCACUCUUUGUCCUGGCGGCGGUAGUGCUGCUCCACCCUCCAACAGUGCUGCUCCACCAGCGAGCAGCGCCACAGACAGCGACGAUACACCAGCUCCAUCUACUUCUGCAGUCCAGCAACCAAGCCAAGCUCCUACAAAGGCAACGACACCAGCCGCAAGCCCAACCGCGGCAGCAACAUCAACAGGCUGGACUCGAACCCGAACUCGAGGAGGCCAUCAACGAAGAAGAGGACAUUACCAGCAUUUCGACUGA